AUGACGGUGACCGCACCCCCUCCGGUAGCCAACGCCCUCCAAGUCAUCGGUAACACCCCCGUCAUCCAUCUCCGCCGUCUCGUCCCCGAAAACCACGCCGAUGUCUACCUCAAGCUCGAAUCCAUCAACCCCACCGGCUCCUACAAGGACCGGAUGGCCAAAUCUAUGAUCGAGGAAGCCGAGCGCCGUGGCGAUCUAAAACCCGGUAUGACCGUCGUCGAAGCCACAGGCGGCAGCACUGGUUCCUCCCUUGCGUAUAUUUGCGCGAUCAAAGGGUAUCGGUUCCGAGUUGUGUCGUCCAAUGCGUUUGCGACGGAGAAAUUGCGGACGAUGACUGCGUUCGGGGCGGAGCUCGAGAUUGUCCAUAGUCCGACUGGUACUAUUACCAGUGACUUGGUCCCGUCCAUGGCGAAACGGGCGCGGGAGAUUGCGGGGAAUGGAAACUGUUACUUGACGAACCAGUUCAGUAACCGGGAUUCUUUCGUUGGGUACGAGGGUAUUGGCCAUGAGCUCGUGCAACAGUUCCCGGAGGGAAUCGAUGCUUUUUGCGGUGCUGUCGGCACCGGCGGGAUGGUGAUGGGAGCUUCUCGCGUUUUGAAAUCCCAGAGGCACGAGACACGAACAAUUGUGCUCGAGCCGGCGUCUUCACCGAUACUAACGGAAGGCUAUACCGGAUCUCAUGGUGUGGAGGGCGUUGGGCUUGGGUUUAUCCCACCACAUCUGGAGAAGAGUCUUUACGAUGAAGCCCGAGCGAUUUCUGAAGAAGAGGGUCGUCAGAUAUGUCGCCGUCUGGCUCGCGAGGAAGGCCUGCUUGUUGGAACUUCCACGGGUCUGAAUGUCGCCGGCGCAUUGGCCCUGGCUAAAGAGUUGGGACCCGGAAAGACUGUUGUUACGGUGGCGGUUGACACAGGGCUCAAGUACUUGAAUGGUACUUUGUUUACAGAGUGA